AUGGGUGAUCUGCAAAUCGUGCCAGCAUACAACAAGGUGGAAGCACAAUACGUAGAAAUGAUGGUGCCAUUGUACUCUUACGGUUGUGAGAAGAAAAUUAAAAAGGCUCUUUCUCAUCUCAAAGGAAUAUAUUCAGUGAAAGUAGACUACUACAAACAGAAGGUGACUGUUUGGGGGAUAUGCAACAAGCUUGAUGUGUUAGCAAUGGUCAAAAAGAAGCGUAAAGAAGCUCGUUUUUGGAAUGCUGAGGAGAAUGAUCAAGAGAGCGUGGAUGACUCCAUCGUCCAGAAAGAAGACACUGUUAAAACUUCGUCUGAUUCAGAUAAAUCAUCGGCGUUCUAUACGUAUUCACCGUCGUCUCCGAGGUUUAAGAGACCUCCUUUGUCACUCAUUAGAACAUCUUCCUUCACAUGGAAAGCUGUGAAGAAGGUCUUCUCUAGAUCCAUUUCCUUUUGAAUCACAUUUUCUUCUUAUAUGAACCUAAUAAUGGUACAAGAAGUCACGUAUCUGUCAGUGUAUAAAUAUCAAAUAUUGUAGUUGAAAACACUCGUCAGCAACCAAUAUUUGAUGGUAGUUCAGUGGUCAUGGCUUUGUUCGUCUAUUAUAUGUUUAAAAUCUAUGUUUCUAGACAUGUUUCUUUCCUACUAUAUAUAAAAUAAGCAGUUCUAGUUGAUAAGAGCGCAGCUAUAGUGUCUCAGCGAUCAUUUUGUUGUUUCAUGGUCAAAUAUCAUUUUUUGUGGAACAAAACUUGUAUCAUCCCAGUUGUGGUAAAUAUAGAAUGAAUUAAAAAUUAAUUUAGCUACUUAUAUUAAUAAAUUGCAUAUUUCUUUUUGAACACACAUCCAAUAAACUUCAAUAAAAUUCUAGAAUUAAAUGUUUUUGAGUUAAAGUAGUCAAAUGAAGAGUGACCUAUUAUGAAUUGAUUCGUGAUAUUUGGAAAAGAUCAUAUGUAGCUAUUUUCAGAGAUUAACAUAUCUCUCUUUGCAUAAAAUGGAAUACACGGACUAAGUAAGUGGGCGUGGAAAACCUAUUAGCCCUAAAAACUGUUAACUUUAGUCAAAAAUGUAAAUAUAUUUGGUAUGUCGACAUAUAUAUAUGUAUGUAAAUGAAGAAAUCUUCUUGGUUUAGCAUUAUCUUUUUGUGAGUAACUGAUUAACACUGGAAGUGGAAGCUGUUAACUUUAGUUAAAAAUGACGAUAGUUUUAAAAAUCUUGUUUGAAAUGUUCAAAAAUGAUGAUAAUAGUAUAGUUUAACAUCAAUAUCCUGUCAUCAUGAGGUGUGUUGAUUCUGUUUGCACCUAAUCUUUAUACCUUUUCGGAAAGUUAAUCAUGUGAUCGAAAGAUGGUUUUUUCUCAAGAAAAGAUACAAUUACGAAUGAAGUUAAGUAACAAAAUCAAAAUCAUAUUUAUUCAUUUAUCCUUAAUCAUUAUGAUUUGUAAAUUUAGAACGCACGUCAAAAUUGGGGUUAGUUAAAGACUUUUAUUCGUUUACUUUAUCGUCUCUUAGAUGAGAUUUCCCUUUCCCAUAUAAAUCAAAUUGUUGGUUCAGCUGUUGAUCGUUUGAUGGGAACAUAAAAUAUUGUAUAGUUUUGACUUUCGAGUUCAUGAAGCAUUCAUUAUCAUUUUGGAAUUUGAUCGUUUUAAUUAGGCGAAUCAUGAAACUUCAAGUAUAACUUUUGUUGCGCAAGUUUUAAGUCCAUUAAGAUAAUUGUCUUAAGAUAACUAACUAUGGGCCCAACGGUUCAGAAAGAAAGAGAGGCCCAUUUCUACUGAAGUAAUAUAUCAUUUCUCCCACAUCGCUAAGCCGAAAAGAAGACGCUGUAUUUAUAUAGCAACAUAGUCACGAAGGUGAUUGUCCCUUCGGGGAUAUCCGAUAAAAUUGGAACGAUACAGAGAAGAUUAGCAUGGCCCCUGCGCAAGGAUGACACGCACAAAUCGAGAAAUGGUCCAAAUUUUUUUUUUCUUAAAAUUUUCAAAAUCGAUUUCGUCUUCUGAGUUUAGGGUUCUUCGAUUUCUUUUUUUUUUGGCAUGCAAAACCUCUGUUCUCGAUGAAUAAAGCAGUCAAAUCAGUUCGUUGCUGGA